AUGGACUCACCCUUUGAAGCUUCCUUCGAGGACCAAGAUCAAGCGCCCAACAACGGCGAGAAAGCGGGCGACGAAGAUGAUGAUGACGACGACUUCGACGAUGAGGAGCCUGCUGCUCCAGUACGCCAAUUAGCGCCCACGGCUGGAUACGACGACCUAUACCUCGAUACCAUCGAUCGCAACGUCCUCGAUUUCGAUUUCGAGAAGCUCUGCUCCAUCUCCCUUACCAACCUGAACGUUUACGCAUGCCUCGUAUGCGGCAAGUACUUCCAGGGCCGCGGUCCCAAGUCACACGCCUACUUUCACGCCCUCGACGAGGACCACCACGUCUACAUCAAUCUCGAAUCGCAAAAGGUCUACGUGCUCCCCGAAGGCUACGAGGUCAAGAGCCAGGCUCUGGAAGACAUUAAGUAUGUCUCCGAUCCUAAAUACACAAAGCAAGAGGCACUGAAGCUGGAUCGCGAGCCACGCAAGAGCCGGACCCUCGCCGGCAAAGAAUACACGCCAGGCUUCGUGGGCAUGAACAACAUCAAGGAGAACGACUACUUCAACGUUAUCGUCCAAGCGCUGUCCCACGUCUCCCCCCUAAGGAACUACCUCCUGCUGGAGGACUUCUCAAACAAGUCAGAGCUAGUCAAACGGUGCAGCAUCCUGUUCCGCAAGAUCUGGAACCCGCGCGCCUUCAAGUCGCACGUCUCCCCCCACGAGCUCCUCCAGGAGGUCUCCCUCCGCUCCAAUAAGCGCUUCACCCUCACCGCGCAGUCGGACCCCGUCGACUUCCUCUCCUGGUUCCUCAACAACCUCCACCUCGGCCUCGGCGGCAGCAAGACGAAGCCCGGCAGCUCCAUGAUCCAGCGCACCUUCCAGGGCAGGCUCAAGGUCGAGUCCCAGGCCAUCACCGCCCGCGCCGACGCCGGCGACCGCCUCCGCUUCGAGGAGGCUGCCGAGGUGAAAGUCGACGUCGUCCGCUUCCUCCUCCUCACCCUCGACCUCCCCUCCGCGCCCCUCUUCCAGGACGAGCUCGAGAAGAACAUCAUCCCCCAGGUGCCCCUCUCCGCCAUCCUCUCCAAGUACGACGGCCGCAGCGCCCAGGAGCAUCACGCCCAGCGUAAGCGCUACCGCCUCCUCCACCCCCUGCCGCCUUUCCUCGUCUUCCACGUCAAGCGCUUCUCCCAGAACAAGUUCGUCUCGGAGCGCAACCCCACCAUCGUCACCUUCAACGACCGCAACCUCGACGUGUCGCCCUACGUCGAGCCCAACCCCAAGGAGUGGCCCGCGGGGGAGCCCAUCUGGUACGACCUCGUCGCCAACGUGGUGCACGAGGCGGUGCGCACGCGGGAGGACGUCGCCGACACCGGCGAGGAGCGCAAGACGUGGAAGGUCCAGGUCAAGGACAAGGCCACCGGCGAGUGGGUGGUCUGCCAGGACCUCUUCGUGGACAAGGUUCAGAGCGAACUGCUGUAUCUUGGCGAGACGUACUUGCAGGUCUGGGAGCGGAGGCGAGAACCCAAGGGCAAACCGAGUGCCUAA